AUGCACCUGAGGAUCCAGCCUUCCAAGGCAUCGACGAUCAGUGCAGAGGAGUUCACCUGUGCUAUCUGCAUCUCCUCCCCUCUGGUGGAUCCAGUGACCACGCCCUGUGGCCACUCUUUUGACAAGGCUUGCUAUGAGUCCUAUCUGCACUCCUCGUCACUCCGGUCCGGACGACGAGAAUGUCCUCUUUGCAAGAAGCCUGUGUCUACCAAAUGUCCUGAGGUUUCCGUUCUCCUUCGUGAUGCAAUCGCCCGCCUUUUCCCGGAAGGGCGGCGCAGAUGUGAAGGUGAGAUGUUUGAGGAGCUCGAGGCCGGCGUGGUUCGAAGCGAAACCCUCGAUUUCUUGCUGACACGGCUCAGAGCUGCCGGCCAGUGCGAAGACACAGGCUCGCUGUUGCAGCUCCUCUCGCUCUUCAUCACUGCCAUGACCCGGGAGCCGGCGAUGAGAGGGAGGGUGGAAGUGAGCAUCCAACAGGCCUUUCAGGAGCUGUCCAAGACACUGCUAGAACUCCUGUCCCAAGAGCCAGCCUACAACGCUGGUUAUGGCACCCUCCUUGAGGUUCUGCAGCAGGCUGUAGAGACUCUUGCGCAGCACUGGUCUGAUGAAAUCUCCUCCGCGUUCCCAACGCGGGAGCAGUUUGGACAGCAAGUGGGCAGCCUCGCGUCGCAGGCUGCCGCUCUGCUACCGCAGCGGCAGGAGGGCUCCCUGCUGCGCCUCACGGCCCUCGUGUUGGAAGCAGCCGUGAUGGGCUUGGCCGGCAUACGGUGGCAACUGGACAGGGAGCAGAGCUCGCAAAUUGCCAAGUGCUUGCUGGGCGUCUUGGUCAUCAAUGCGUCCGAUGAGGCAGAGUACAGUGUCAACAUCGUGUGCCUCAGGACUUUUGGCAGCCUAGCCACGAUUGUGCAGAGUUUAGAUGAGACAGUGUGGUGUGACGCCCGAGACAAGCUUCAAGACGCGUUAGGCCAGGAGGACAAUAUUGAGCUUGCAGCCACCACAGCGCAGGCGUGUGGAGCGGUCCUGGAUACCAAACUCUGCCCUGCUCAAGACCUCACCCCGUGGUUGAAGAGCUUGAUGCUGGGAUCUCAGAGCUGGCUCUCCACUUCCAGCGCCGGCGAGAAUUCGCCUUGUGCGCGGCGGCUGCUGAGCCUCCUUGGAGACGUGCACCGCUUCGCCCCUACUAUGGCCGCUGCCAAAGAGGACCUGAAGGAUCUGCUGGGCGAAGGUCGUUAUGAUAUCACCUGUGGCCUGAUAAUCUCAGCCGGGAGACACGCAUGCAGCGGCGAUCGGGACUUGAAGCUCGGAGUCAUGGAAGCUUGGGAAGGAGUUCUGGCUUUUGCCCAGGGUUUGCCAAAGGCUGAUGUGUCGGAUGCCUUCAGAAACCUGGUGCCGCACGUCAUCUCUGUCAUCAUCAUGAACCUGAUGGCAGACGAGGAAGAGUUUGUGUCCGCUGCACGCGCGCUGCUCGGCGAUCUGCUGCAACUGGCUCUGGACGGAGGUUGGCCACUGGGUCUGGGUGCCAUGAUCUGCGGCGCCUGGCAACAGGAGCCGGAUUCAAAGCGCGCCCUCCAAAAGGCAUGCGGCAUGGAGCUGCUCAUCAGGCACGGCAUCACACUUACAACACAUGCGUCAUCACGGGCCAAACAUGCUGCGCUUUGGAGCUUUUGA